CAUAUGACAGUCAUACAAUUAUUUAGGAUUUGCAAUUUGGGUGUACGAUUCAAAUUGUACACCCAUACGAUAUGAUAUGAAUUGUACGAUUCAUAUCAUGAUGUGAAUAGUAUGAUUUUGAUAACAUUGGUCUUGCUAAUCUAAGAAUUUGAUACGAACUUAACCACUAACAUCACUCCUACGUGAUAAGAUCAGUUUCCCAAUCUCUGCCACUAUUUUUUUCUUCAUUUUCACCUUUAGAUGCAUAGACGUUGCAUUUUACAAACUUGACCCUACAAUUCUUCUUCUUAUAUCCAACCUUUCUAUAUUGGUAGCUUGGGAUUAACCUUCUCGUGCUGCUUUUAAAUAAUUUCGGUUGAUGAGUAAACAUAUGCUUUGAACUUUUUUUCCCCCCCUCUUUUAAUAACAGAUAGAACCUGUCUUCCGCUCGUUUGAUUUUUGAAAAUUAAUGCGAGGCCUUUUCAGAAACUUGUAUGUCUAAUAAUUGGUAUUUCCUGACAGAUUAUUCAUAAUGGAUUUGGCUAUGUCAUUGAUGGAGAUGUGUACUUGUCUGUUGAUAAAUUCUCCAGUUAUGGUCAUUUAUGUGGAAAUAAAUUGGAAGAUAUUCAAGCAGGCGAAGGGGUCGUCAUUGAUCCUAGGAAGAGACACCCUUUUGAUUUUGCAUUAUGGAAGGUGAAUCAAGCUGGAACAGUCCCUGGGGCCCUGGAAGACCAGAUUGGAAUAUUCAAUCCAGUGAGAUGAGUAUGCAUGAUUUAAAUCCCUCCUUUGACAUUCAUGGUGGAGCAAGGGAUCUAAUCUUUCCAAAUCAUGAGACUGAGACUGCCCAGAGUUGUGCUGCCUGUUCAGUGAACAAUGUGCGGUAUUGGAUACACACUGAUUUUUUCUUAAAUGGAAAUGGAAGUAUAGAAAAUGGAAGUACAGAACUGCACAAGUCAAUAGGGGAUUUUAUUACGAUCCGUAAGGUCUUAAGAUUGUACCACCCUUUGGCAUUGAGAUUUUUCUUGAUCGACACACACUACCAGUCUUGGGUCCAUUACACCAGUAAAGAACUUGAAAAUGCUUCAGACCAAGUUUUCAACAUUUAUCAGGCAUUAUACAACUGUGAAAUGACUCUUUCUCCAUUUCGAGAAAAGAGUUUCAAGGAUGAAAUCACACCCUCUAUCCAAGACUGCAUUCGCAGGUUCCGUAAUUGUUUCCAGAGUUCAAUGGCAUGUGACUUGCAUGCCUAUUGUGUUUUGAAUGCAAUAGGGACAGCCAUGAAGACCAUUAACAUUGUUCUUAACUCAUUAAAGAAUAAUCAGCAGCAGCCAUCACUGAUUCAGUCUCUUAUUGCAUUGGAGAAAGAAGUAAAAGAUGUUUUGAAUAUUUUGGGGCUAAUGUCAUCUUCAACUUAUUCCGAGGUUCUAAAACAGUUGAUGGACAUUGAAGAGAACUGGGUUGACAGAGGACCAAGUGCUGCAGCUGAUUCAGCAAAGGAAUUCAGCGAGAAAUAAGAUGAAAGAAAAUUUCCAUGCGCUCCGAAGAGUUGCACGUGGAAGUUUAAUACGCACAGGAAAAUUGACACCAUGUGAGAUCCCAGUGGAUAAACCCUGAGGUGCUGCUGAUUCAAUUAUGAAAAGAGUCUAACCUUUCUAUUUAUAAAUUUGAAUUUUUAGGUUCUAUUGAUUGAACUUUUGGGUGAAUUAGUACACUAUAUACAUGCCCCUGGUCUAUGUUACACCUUUUAUGAUUCAUGUCAAUGUCCAUUAGGUCUGGACCCAAGAUUCUAACAGUCUAGAUUGCCACAUGCUUUUAUCAUCCAUGACUCUUGAAUAGAAAUCUGUUUAGUGGUUCUGAUUCA